AUGUCCAAUUUGAAUUUCUUGAGCAAGUUGAACUUGUCAUCCAACAAUUUGAUGGGGAAAAUUCCAACAGGAAGUCAAUUGCAAAGCUUCGAAGCAUCAAGUUUUGUGGGCAACAAUCUCUGUGGUCCUCCACUACCAAAGAAUUGGGAUGAUUUGCAGAAUAUCCCAAAUCGCCUUGAUGACAAAGAAGGUAAGAGAAAUGGGGUCAAUUGGUUUUACGUGAGCAUGUCUCUAGGAUUUGUUUCGGGAUUUUGGAUAGUUGUUGGUCCUUUGCUCUAUAGUAGAUCCUGGAGUAAUUUUGCACAGAGUUGUAAGCCAGCUAUAGUAAAGAAACUAAUCAAGGGUAUACGCGAAAAUACCAUUGUGUUCAUUUUGGUUUGCUCACUCACCUCAUCACUAGAUCCCUUAUGCAAAUGCAAAGCAUCUGAUCAAGUUCUUUGCAUUCCUAGUGAGCGACAAGCCCUGCUUAAUUUCAAGCAACAUCUUCAUGAUCCUUCAAACAGGCUUGUCACUUGGUCUGAUGAUAACACAAAUUGCUGCAACUGGACAUCAGUUUCUUACAAUCAUGAAACAGGAAUCAUUCCACCAUGGGUUGGAGACAUUCUCUUAAAUUUGAAGAUCUUCCUCCUCAAAUCAAACCAAUUUAAUGGUAAGAUUCCCAAUCAAAUAUGCUCUUUGAAUUCGCUACAUAUAUUGGAUCUUGCACAGAACAACCUGACAGGACAAAUACCAAAAUGCAUCAAUCAAUUGAGUGUUAUGCUAGUAAAGAAUACCACUCUAGAGUCAGACAUCUAUGGCGAAAGAAAUGGAACUUCUCUAUCUAUAACUGAUGUGCUUCUAGAGCUGAAAGGAAAAGAUGAUGUAUAUACUUGGCUGGGCCUCUUCACAAGCAUAGAUCUCUCUGGUAAUAAAUUAUGUGGGGAGGUACCAAGUGAAAUUACAUCUCUCAAGGGGUUGCAUUUCCUGAACUUGUCAAACAAUCUUUUGAGUGGUAAGAUUCCUCAAAAUAUUGGAAAUAUGGAAUGGUUGGAGUCAAUGGAUCUCUCAGAAAAUCAGCUGUAUGGUGAAAUCCCAUCAAGCAUGUCCAAUUUGAAUUUCUUGAGCAAAUUGAACUUUUCAUUCAACAAUGUGAUGGGGAAAAUUCCAACAGGCACUCUAUUACAAAGCUUCAAAGCAUCAAGUUUUGGGCAACAAUCUCUAUGGUCCUCCACUACCAAAGAAUUGUGA